GCCAUCGUUGUCAGACUGAGCUGAGCUGUAGGCAGUGUCGGUUCGCGUGUACGUUGCUCGUCGUCCAUCAGACACGUCGUUUAAAUCGAGUGAAAUUCUGGGCGCGUCUUCAUCUGCGGUGGACGCGUACGAGUGAAUUGCUGUGGCGUGAAAACCUCAUUCCGCCACCUUUUGUUUUCCGAUUGUAAAGGCAUAGUUACAUUUUUUUUUUUUGAAACAAAGACACCACCAAGUCGUCGAAAAUGUUUGACGUCUUCGGAUCGGUGAAGGGCUUGCUGAAGCUCGAUUCUGUUAACAUCGACAACAACAUUUUCCGUCUUCACUACAAAGCGACGGUUAUUGUGUUGAUUGCCUUCUCACUGGUGGUGACAUCGCGCCAGUAUAUUGGCGACCCCAUUGACUGCAUCGUUGAAGGCGUGCCGGGCAAUGUUAUGGACACGUACUGCUGGAUCCAUUCUACAUUCACGAUUCCCAAUCGGAUGGCCUCCGAAGUUGUUGGAAAACAUGUUCCACAUCCUGGAGUUCGUCCACAGGAAGACGGCGACACCAUCCGAUACCACAAAUACUACCAGUGGGUCUGCUUCGUUCUCUUCUUCCAGGCCCUUCUCUUCUACAUUCCCCGCUACCUGUGGAAGACUUGGGAGGCCGGUAAGAUGAAGAUGCUCGUGCUCGACCUCAACUGCCCAAUCAUCGCCGAAGACACGAAAAACGAACGCAAGAAGCUUUUGGUCGACUACUUUGCUACCAACUUGCACAAUCACAAUUUCUACGCUAUCCGAUUCUUUAUCUGCGAGGUGCUCAACUUUAUCAACGUCAUCGGUCAGAUUUAUUUCGUCGAUUUCUUCCUUGGCGGAGAGUUCACCACCUACGGUCGAGAUGUUAUCAGCAUGACCGAAAUGGAACCAGAAGAUCGUAUUGACCCCAUGGCCAAAGUGUUCCCUAAAGUAACUAAAUGCACGUUCCACAAAUUCGGUCCCUCCGGUACGACGACGCGUAUCGACGGCCUGUGCGUUCUCCCCCUGAACAUCGUCAACGAGAAAAUUUACGUGUUCCUCUGGUUCUGGUUCAUCUUGUUGGCGGUGGUGACCGGUUUGGCGCUACUGUACCGCUUGGCCGUCGUCUUGGGCUCCCAAGCACGGAUGUACCUGUUGAGAGCCCAAGCCCGAUUGGCACCGCGCAGCGAAGUCGAAUUGGUCGCCCGCAAAUGCCAGAUCGGCGACUGGUUUGUUCUCCUUCUCCUCGGCAAGAACAUUGACCCUCUUGUCUACAAAGAACUCAUCUGCGAUCUGGCCCGCCGAUUCGAAGGCAAGGAACCAGUCUAACCAGCAUAUUCAAGACGCCAUUGGUGGGACUCCUUUCAGCUUGAUCACAACUCACAAGAGUUGUCUGCAGCCAAUGUUAUCUAGCGAUCUUUUUUUUUAUUCCCCCCCUCAUCUCUUUUUCCCAGCAAAUUUGAUUAGAUUUUUUUCCCCUACAUUUUCGCCCACUCAUCUAACAAAAACAAAAAAAACACCCAUCUAGAGAACGCUCAAGAUAGAAUAAAGACCAAACUGAGGAUACAAGUUUUGGGACCAAUGAAAUCAAUCAGUCUUCCAUGCCGGUAAUUAAUAACACCAUUUUGCAAUUGAUAUCGGGCGGGGCUCACCGUUCUCCCCUCGUACAUGUAUUUGCGCGUUCUGGUAUUCUACUUAUAUGCCUUUCAGUAGAUAUUUCUUUUUUUUUUCGUGGGGAAUGAUUUGUUUGUUGACGAAUAUACUUUAAGCAGGGACUGAAAAAGUACACCGACGGUUUUUCUUGAAAAAAAAAAUUUUUUUUUGCUAUUCUCCAUAUGAGUUGAUUAGGAUUUUUUUGGUAGUGUAUGAGUUUCAUCUCACAGGUGUGUAGUCCCCGAAAUAGUCUUCUUUUUCCAUUUCUUCCGGAUUUCCAAGUCUAGAUUUGCAUACGUUUUUUUCUAUCACCUUCUAAUUUUCUUGGCAAUAUUCUUUCCACCACAUUUUUUUAGGGUGACAGUUUAUUUUCUCCUUUUGUUUGAUCCGUUUCUGUUUGAUUAUUCUCUACUUCUCUGCAAGCUUGUCAAAAAAAACUUUCCAUGAAGCUCCAGAAUCGGAAAUGCAUAUUUUGUUUACACGA